AGGGGGAACCAGGUCAUGUGAUUCCAACCAUCCUACCCUAUGUGACAGUGUGUAGGAGCGCUGAUUGCUCUUAUCCAAUCAUGCCUGGAAUGCUGCUUGCCACUUGGGCUAUUUCUGCUAUCUGUCGCUAUCAGUGCUGCAGUGCUAACAGUUUGGCAGAUGGGACACUUUUUCUUGGAGUUUAUGUCUAUGGUUUUUAACUUCUGGCAGUUCCUGAAUUGCUGCUGUUUUCCUUCUCCUUUUUCUCUCUCUGUAAAACCAUGGCCCAUCGGCUGCGGUUUCAUUUUGGCUCUGGACGAAGCAACACAGCCCCUGAAUCGGAGAUCCUAGACCGCGAAAGAGAAGAUGACUUUUUCAUGGCAUUCCAUACUUUGCCCCGAAGAAACAGUCCUCAUCCUUUCUCCCGACAUGGAGCGGAUUAUGGUGGCAGCGAUUUACAAGAAGUGGGCACCUUAAAAAGGAGCACGUCCAUGUUUAUUCCUCAGCUGCUGAACAGUAUUGAUGUGCGCCCAACAAGGAGCUCAUCUAUGCACAUUUCCCUUCAGCGCAAAGCGGUGAAUGGCUAUGCUGAUGAGUGCGGAGCCCCAGAUUCUCCAGAUGAGACGCUUCCAUGUAAAUUCUCAGACUUUAGGGAGAAUCUGACAUCACCCAUGGAAAGUUGUUCUUCCUCGCCAAGCAGUCCAGAAGUGACACCAGAAAAUUCACCGCCCAGGGGGCCUGAAGAACUAGGGCAGCAGGUUAAUGGAGCUGCUUCCUGUAACCAUUCAAUAUUUUGUACAAUUCCUUCCAGUAACCAGAGUGAUGCUGCUGCAUCUACUGCCCCAGAUGAUGAGGGAAGUGAAGCAGCUUCAGGUUUAAACAUAAGUGGUGUACGAAUUCAGCAUCGUGCUUCCAGCGCCGAUAUGCAUCAGGUAACACUUUUGCCCUUUGGGUCUGAGGCUCAGCACAAUGUUCCUGCCUCUGAACUGAGGCGCUGGUCUUUGCAGCAUCUGCCAGAUAUGUCAGCAAAUUCAGGAAAAAAGCUUUUUGUUCUCCAGUUGCAGCAGCCACAGGCCAGUGGUACGGGUAUAGGAGGCGAUUACAAUUUUGGUUUUACUGGAACAAAAGGAGACAGGUUGGUGAGAUAUCCCCGGAUACGGCUGGAAAGGAGCACUUCCUACCCGGUCCAGCCACGACCAGAACAGAUUAGCCCUGUGGAAGAUGGAGCAAAUUCAGAACUUCAUGGAAAUGGCAGAAAUGGGUCAGAAAUAUCUAGAAGCAAUUCAGUAGAAAGGAUUCCUCAAGGACAAGGGGGAUGCACGUUUAAAAUCAGACCAGAUCAAAACACAAGGCAGCAGCAUUUCAGAAUUCUUGUAACCCGUGGUCCUGAAGAACAAAAUCAAGCUCCUGCUCAGGAGAGCCCUGGUACACCUGGUCCCACAGCAGCCAGGGCCACAACUAGAGACGACUUCCUCGGUCAAGUAGACGUCCCACUUAAUCAUCUUCCGACAGAAGACCCAACCAUGGAACGGCCAUACACGUUUAAGGAUUUUCUUCUCAGACCAAGAAGCCACAAAUCUCGGGUAAAGGGUUUCUUGAGACUGAAGAUGGCCUAUAUGCCGAAAAAUGGAGGACAAGAGGAUGAAAAUAAUGAUCAAAGAGAUGACUCUGAGCAUGGAUGGGAAGUGGUUGAUUCCAAUGAUUCUGCAUCUCAUCGCCAAGAGGAGUUACCGCCACCUCCACUGCCUCCUGGAUGGGAAGAAAAAGUGGACAAUCUUGGUCGUACUUACUAUGUCAACCACAACAACAGGACAACUCAGUGGCAUCGGCCAACUUUAAUUGAUAUGGCAUCUGAAUCAGACAACAACAUUAGACAAAUAAACCAAGAGGCGGCUCAUAGACGGUUUCGAUCUCGGAGACACAUUAGUGAAGAUUUGGAGCCAGAGCCCAUGGACAGUGGAGAUAUACCUGAACCCUGGGAAACUAUUUCAGAGGAAGUGAGUGCAAGUGGAGAUUCCUUAAGCCUGUCCUUGCCACCUCCCCCGGCCUCUCCAGUUUCUCGGACCAGUCCCCAGGAGCUGUCUGAUGAAUUGAACAGAAGGCUCCAAGUCACUCCUGAUUCCAAUGGGGAACAACUCAGUUCUUUGAUACAAAGAGAUCCUUCAUCAAGAUUAAGGUCUUGCAGCGUAACAGAUGCAGUUGCUGAACAGUCUCAAUUAUCACUGCAGAGUGGUCCAUCUAGGAGAGCUCGUUCUUCAACUGUCACAGGUGGUGAAGAACCAACGCCAUCAGUGGCCUAUGUGCAUACAACACCGGGCUUACCUUCAGGCUGGGAAGAAAGGAAAGAUGCUAAGGGACGUACUUAUUAUGUCAAUCAUAACAAUCGAACCACAACUUGGACUCGGCCCAUUAUGCAGCUUGCAGAAGAUGGUGCAGUUGGGUCAGCAACAAACAGUAACAACCAUCUCAGUGAACCUCAGAUAAGACGGCCUCGUAGCCUCAGUUCACCCACAGUAACUUUAUCUGCUCCACUUGAGGGACUCUCCAAGGACUCUCCUGCACGCCGAGCUGUAAAGGAUACCCUUUCGAAUCCUCAGUCUCCCCAGCCCUCACCUUAUAAUUCUCCUAAACCACAACACAAAGUGACACAGAGCUUCUUGCCCCCUGGCUGGGAGAUGCGAAUAGCUCCAAAUGGCAGGCCCUUCUUCAUUGAUCACAAUACUAAAACCACUACCUGGGAAGAUCCACGACUGAAAUUUCCAGUACAUUUGAGAUCAAAAGCUUCUUUGAACCCUAAUGAUUUGGGCCCUCUUCCUCCUGGUUGGGAGGAAAGAAUACAUUUGGAUGGAAGAACGUUUUAUAUAGACCAUAAUAAUAAAAUUACCCAGUGGGAAGAUCCCAGACUGCAGAACCCAGCUAUUACUGGUCCAGCUGUUCCCUAUUCCAGAGAGUUCAAACAGAAAUAUGACUACUUCAGAAAGAAAUUAAAGAAACCAGCUGAUCUACCAAACAGAUUUGAGAUGAAACUCCACAGAAAUAAUAUUUUUGAGGAGUCCUAUAGAAGAAUCAUGUCCGUGAAGAGACCCGAUGUAUUAAAAGCCAGACUCUGGAUUGAAUUUGAAGCGGAAAAAGGACUUGAUUAUGGAGGUGUGGCCAGAGAAUGGUUCUUUCUGUUGUCCAAGGAAAUGUUUAAUCCUUAUUAUGGUCUUUUCGAAUAUUCGGCAACGGACAACUAUACUCUUCAGAUUAAUCCAAAUUCAGGCCUUUGUAAUGAAGAUCAUCUGUCCUAUUUCACAUUUAUUGGCCGGGUUGCUGGGCUGGCAGUGUAUCAUGGGAAGUUAUUAGAUGGCUUUUUCAUUAGGCCUUUUUAUAAGAUGAUGCUGGGGAAACCAAUAACUCUGAAAGACAUGGAAUCAGUGGAUAGUGAAUAUUACAAUUCCUUGAAAUGGAUCCUGGAAAAUGACCCAACAGAGCUGGAUCUCAUGUUUUGCAUAGAUGAGGAAAACUUUGGACAGACUUAUCAAGUUGACUUGAAGCCUAAUGGAUCAGAAAUCAUGGUAACAAAUGAGAACAAACGGGAAUAUAUAGACUUAGUCAUCCAGUGGAGGUUUGUAAACAGAGUUCAGAAACAAAUGAAUGCUUUUUUGGAGGGAUUCACAGAACUCCUACCUACUGAUUUGAUUAAAAUUUUUGAUGAAAAUGAGCUGGAGUUACUAAUGUGUGGCCUUGGAGAUGUUGAUGUUAAUGACUGGAGACAACAUACGAUCUACAAGAACGGAUACUGUCCAAACCAUCCUUUAAUCCAGUGGUUCUGGAAGGCUGUGUUACUGAUGGAUGCUGAGAAACGUAUCCGGUUACUGCAGUUUGUUACGGGGACAUCUCGAGUGCCUAUGAAUGGAUUUGCUGAACUUUACGGUUCAAAUGGUCCUCAGCUGUUUACAAUAGAGCAAUGGGGAAGUCCUGAUAAAUUGCCCAGAGCUCACACAUGCUUUAAUCGCCUUGACUUACCUCCUUAUGAAUCUUUUGAAGAUUUACGAGAGAAACUUCUUAUGGCGGUGGAAAAUGCUCAAGGAUUUGAAGGAGUGGAUUAAAACAGCUACUUUUUUUUUCUUUUUCCAUUGAGCAAGUUCUGCUUGCACUUUUGAAUUUUGCCUAACGGACAGUGAGUGACUAUGACAGAACAGUUGCACAAUGUUGGUUCAUGGAGCAAAUCUCUUCUACAGUGCAGUUGCCUAAAUUCAGAAGUUUUGAACUAGAACCUGUGGAUAGUAUUUCUGACACUUCCACAGCAAAUUACCCGACUGGUUGAUGUGUACUCUGAUUACAUUUCAGCAGGACUUGUUCUAUUUAUGUUGUGCCUCUGUAGGCAAAGCCCUUAAUAAAUAUUUUACAUACUUUCUAAUGACAAUGAAUGGAAUUAAUCACUUUACAGGUAUAGUAUUACAGCUCAUGUUUACUUUUUACUUGAUUUAGACAUUUUCAGAUUUUAUUUCAUUACAAUUAAAAAUAUCAUAUGCUUGGAAAAAUGAGCAUUUUUCUUAUCUUAAUUUCAUACCGGACUUGAUGCCAGUGGCAUUUUUACUUUCAAAGUGCAUUUUGAGCCUUGUCUCCAACCUAUUGGAAAAGUAGAAGAAACCUAUGUCAGAAAUUUUCUACAAAUGGGAUAUAUUCAGAGCAAAUCUAAAACCUUUUCACUGAGCACAUUAAUAUUUUCUGUACCCAGAAGAAUAAGUACAGAUUGGAUGUUACAUUUUUGUAUGAAUCAGUAGAAUAGUUGUAAGUUAAGAGAGGAUCGUAACAUAGCAUGCCAAAUCUCACGUUCAGUAAAGAAAUCGCCUCAUUAUUCCUUGGUAAUAUUUACAUGUGCUAUAAAGCCUUUUGGGAAAGGGUUGGCAUCAUUAUAGAAGAAGAUGCUUAACCCUAUCAUUAACUUUGUACAGUGAUUCUUUUAUUAUCCUUUCCUCUUUACUGUUUGCAAUGGAGGCAUUUUGAAUGAAACCUGGCACUGCUUGAUUUGGAACUGUGGAAACCAGAUCUCUUUUGUCAACCUAUUUGUAUGCAUUUGCUAAUGAUAUCGAAAUAACAUUUUUUUGUUUUGUUUUGUUUUGUUUCUAACUGCACCAACUCUAAAGGCACUUUAUGUAACACAUGGAGAUCAUAUCUUUUUUUUUAAAUCCUAAACAUUAAUGUGAUUAUAUUCCUUCUCACUGCACAUGUCUUUCUGGUGCAAUAUCUAUCAAUUGUGAAUCUGGCUGCUGCUGAUGUAUAAAAUCCAGAUGUAGAGCUGAGCCUGCAGACAUGUUCUCACCAAUUGUUUUUGUGAUUUUAUUUUUUACUCAAUCACAAAGAUUUAUUUAAUAUACACAGCUAUCUAAUCAAUUUUGUUACCUAUGACAUGUUGCAUGCUUAAACUAUAAUGCCUGAGUUGCAUCUGUUGUGUGAUAGAUUAAAGAUGAAAGAGAAAACUUGCAUUUGAUCCACUGAAGUGAAAUGGUUACCGCAGUGAUAGGGUAGACUGGAGGGUAUAGAUUUAGCAAUUUGAUUACGUUCAGCUUUGUAAGUUUUUGCCAUGUACUUCACCACUUCUAAAAAUCCACUUGAUCGUUACUCACAAGCAAGGUGAUAGAGUGCAAGAACUGAACCAUUUUCACAUAGCAGAUACUGUUCACUACCAGCAAUGGGUGAGGCAGUAAUUGCUAGCAGGGAACUUUAAUGAGUAUAACCUCUGACUGUAAAAGCUACUUUAAGGAAACUUAUCAAAGCUAUUAACAUUCAGCAAAUACUAAUGGGUGGAACUUUGCCUAGAUGGGAGGUCACCUUAGUGCACUGACAAUAGGUGAAGAGCCAACAGGUGCAUGUAGAAAUUCUGAGUGGUUUAAUUGCUACAUCGAUUAAGGUUGAUUCCCUUUCUAUAUUAUAUUUAUUUUCUGACAUUCCUUUUUGUUUUGUCUGGUGAUUUGAAAACUUAGACAUGAAAAUGAAGUGGACUGGAUCCAAAUAGAUGUAUCACACUACUGUGAUUGCUUCUGACCUUUGGAGUGGGUUGUGAUCCUGAUAUUCUUAAUGUAAUUCAAUGUGCCAAACAUCUCUAGCUACCACAUGGCAUCACCUCUGAAAUGUUCUGAGUCAGUUCUUUCUUUGGGCAGUCUUAAAUGGAAACAUUUCUGUAUGUUUGGAGGUUCCAUUUCAGUACAGUACUGUAUAAGAUUCUUAAGCCAAUGGGCCUUGAACUCACAUUGUGGACUUUUAAAUAUGACCCAACACUUGCAUAUAAAGGGAGAUGUGAUCUAGCAAUUUGACAUUCAGUUCUUCUCAGUCUGAGAGGCUUGGUCAAAUUGCAUAAUCCCAAACUCGCUCAGUGCGACUUUGCUUCUGUCCCUGAUUUCCUGCCUCUAAAACUGAUUUAGCAGUACAGUAAAAGCUGUGUUAACCAGCACUUUAUUAGCCAGGAAACUAUUAACUGGCAUCCGAGUGAUGCGGCAAAAGCGAAACCGGAAGUACCACUUCCAGGGGACCUCCCGUUUCGCCGCCACGAGCUGAGUUUUUCUUCGCCCCUUUUUUGGCCCACGGGCCAGGGCAAAGCAGCCUGCGCGGGGAAAAAGCAACCUGCACGGGGCCCCCUGCAAAUUGAUGCCGGGGAGUGCACCAGACGGUGCACAUUUGAUUAACCAGAAUAUUUGAUUAACCAUAAUCCCCCAUUCCCGGGGGAUGCCAGAUAACAGAGCUUUUACUGUAACUGCCUGCCUAUAUCAAAGCCCUUUUAGACAAAUGCUGUUGUAGAGCUGGGGACUAUCAAACAAGAGAGUAUAACAUUUUAAGAUCAAGUUUUUACAAAGAUUAAGCUACUGUCUUUUCAGAUCUGCUAAGAUGCAUGACUUUAAAACAGAAAUUCCAACAAAUGGUAGACCUCAGUAAUGUAUUUUUACACCAAGGUCAGUUUCAGUGUAUUGAAAAAAUCAGCAUGGAUGUGCUUAUGGCACAUUCAGCAUUGGAAAACCAUUCUCAAACAAAAUGUAACAAUCCCUUCUCCUGUGUGCGAUAGUCAGGAAGUAUGAUUGCAGCACAUGAAGACAAGUCCAAGAAAUAUUUAAUCUGGCUAGUCUGGUCAACAAUAGAAGUGAAUCAACAGGGACUAGCUGCCUAAGUCCCUGGCAAGCCCAGGCAGUAGGUGCUAGUCCACACCUUGCUGUGCAAGAAAAGGUGUAUAGAGAAGUUUUGUAUUCUCUGAUUCGAGCACAGAUAAGUGCAUGGAGCUGCUACAUUGCACUCGAGGUAGCUAAACCUACAGUAAUUCAGUUGUGCUAGAAAGACGCUUCCCAAGUGCAGCCUGGGCAGAUCAUGUCCCUAGCUAAUCUAGGGCUAACUCUACUAUUGGAAGCACUGUUAGUGGAAAAAGAACAGUGCACUAACACAGCUCUCCUCCUCCUACACCCCAACCCAGUUAAGAGAGUGCCAUGCAAUCCAAGGCUGUCUUGUGUCAACAUAACCUCAGAGUCCCUUGAAUUCAAACCUCACAGCACAGAAAGGGACCUAUCCAUUAUUAUUGGAUCAGCAAGUCAUUUUGCCUACUGUGGUGGUGGAUUGUUUAAUGGGAAAAGUGAAUUGUCCAGUCUGAUCUCUUUAUUGCACAAAGCUUUUUAUGUUGCCAUAAACAUUCUUUCUCAUUGGCUAGUGCUAACAGGCUGUUACUAAGUGGCACAUUUGAAUAACAGUCCUUGGCCUUAUCUAUAACGAGUUUAGCCACCAACAUAGCUAUAUUGAUGUAACUGCACUGAUGCAGAUUUCUAGGCACCAUUGCAAACAAAUUGCUAUUCUUAAGGUAGUUGCAUCAAGGCACAGACAAGAGUAGCUCCCCAUUGUAACUCAUGGCGCUUCAUAGGAAACACCAUGAGUUUCAAUGAUCCACUGGACCAAACAGAAGUUUGCUGUUGAGUCCUGGAAGUGGGGAAUCCAGCUGUUGUUUAGACCAGUGGCAAGGCUGCAGCUGCUCUCCCCUAGAAACACCCCUCCCAGUCCUGGCACUGUCUUCAGAAUGGGAGGGGGGAAGGAAGCAGAGAGCUCAUUCUGGAGGCUCCAAUCUACCCACCCCACCCUCCAUCACCAGCUAAAAAACCAACAUGUCAUUUUGUUGCCUAUGACAAAAUGACAUGUUGUAAAAGGAGACCGAACUCCCUCUGCUCUCUUUCCUCACUCCCAUUCUGAAGACUGUGCUGGAGCAGGGCUGAGCUGCUGUCAGCCCAGCCUUGCGCACAGACACAAGUUACUGAAGCCACUCUGUUUUGGAGUGUCUUCAUCUGAACCCUCAUUUCAUGAGGGUUCAGAUUUUCAUGGGAUGGGGCCCUUUUAAAGCAUUCUACAGCUGUGCACUUCCGUUUGGUCACAGAGUGUUUUCAGGGGCCAGAUAUAGCAAAAAUUGUCACUUCUGUUUGCGCGUUCAGUGGCUAAAAUCUCCAGGAUAGACAAACCCCUUGUGACAACAGAAAAGGCUAAUAUGACUUGUACAGUAUGCUCUCUAACCCAGGGAAGUAUCUUCAGUUAUGCAAUAACCUGUGUGGGUACAGGCAUACAAUAUUAUGCUUCAGCAACCCUUUUAAAGGAACUUGAUUCUAUACUACAGAUUACUGUAGCAGAGCUGUGUAUUUGACAAUUUAGUGUUGUCUAAUAUGAUGCACGAUAAGGUUUUUUGGAGUUCCUGUUCUAACAUGCUGCAGCCUAUUAGCAAUCUGUUUGGAACCCUUACUACCAGAUUUCAAGAACGUUCUCUUGAAAAGUGGCUAAUUGUCUCAUUAUUAAACCUUAGUUAAUGAGGAAAUUGGUCCAUUGGAACCUAUGCCCUAACACUGUGCCUUUCUUUAAUUUUUAAUUUCUGUAUUCAGAUUUAAUUUGCCUUGACCAAGUAUGUAUGGGUAGCUCACCCCCUUAAUCACAAAGCCAGUACUGCAAUACAGUUUGUAUUCUAAACGAUAGAUCCAUCCAAAUUAUAAUUUGGAGUCAAGAAGGCAGUGGCCAUAAAAAAUCUUGCCCCCAACUGAUUUGUCCAUUUGUGCACAAACAUUAAGGCAAGUAGUUUAUAGACUUUUAGCAAGUUUCAGGACAAGAUGGGACUUCUGUUGUUGUCAUUUCUGGUUCACAUCAAGUCUUUUAGAUCUCUGGUUUUCUAGUAAGAGUGCUAAUUUAUAUAGAGCAAAACACAAUAAUUCCAUCUUGCAUUCCUAGCCAAUGGAAACUCAUGACUGGACAUCUUUUCUUCCUCUUAUCUUCCUUCUAUUCUAAAGUUAACAAAGCAGCUAAUCCAUUAUAUUACCAGAGCUUAUUUUUAAAGUCUCUCAUCCUACUGACAUCCCUGCCUCUGAAUCGUUUUUUUAUGCGAGUGGGCUCGCUAUGUGCUGUCAUGCAGUGUUUUCCAAUACAUCAGUAGAGGGUGCUGCUAUGCAGACUAACCACACAGUUGGUACCACACCUAAUCUCAGUUCACCCAAAAGAAAUGCACUGCUACUGUGAUGUGUUUGGUCUUUCCAGGCUGGUGAUUAUGGCUGCAGAGUUCUGCAUCAAACACGAAUCUCAGUUUUGAGUUACUAAACCUGUUCAGACAUGGGUGCAACUCUGGCAUCUUUAAAGUCCACAGGAAAGCUCUGAUCAGCUUGAAUGGGGCCAGAAUUUUACCCUUUGUGUUUAAAACUGGGAGGAAAAAGUAAGUCAUCUGAACCAUAUUUUUAAUGUAUAUAAAUAAGUACAGCAUGUUCAUAGAAAUAGAGAUGAAUAUUCAAUAUGGAAAAUGAUUUUUAAAAUCUUAAAAUCAGUACCAGAUUAGACAUCUUGCAAGCAUCCAUUUGUUUGGUUUCAUAGCAAAAAGCUUUUCUUUUGUAUAGAAUUUCAAAAUUUAAAAAAAAACUACUCUCACAUCAGACAUGUAUUCAAAGAUGUUGCACUAAAGUGAUGCAUGUUUGCAAUGCACUGAGGAAACUUUUGAUACAACUGGAAUUUAACCAUAUUAAUGUUCUAUAUCCCUCAGGUCUGUCAAACUGCACGACCUUUAUUGCUAUCACAUUUUUUAUAAGCACAAACCAUGAAUAAUCAUGGCUAUGUAUUUCUAGGUCAUCCUGGUCUUUCUACUUUGAUCUUUCAUUUACGACAUCAUGUUUUCCUUCUUCAGGUUAGCUUCAAUGUAGCCUUGGUUCCUUUUUUUUACCACUAUAUAUACAUAUAUACACAGUAUGUACUCACAUACAGUUGAACAUAUAUGUAUUGCGUUUUUAUACUUCUUUAAUCCGUUCUGAGUUCAUAAUUGGCUUUAAAGAGAAUUAUAAGCAGUUUGUCUCCACUGCAACUUCAACAAAACCACGCCAUAGUGGAUACAUUCUGAUUCCCAGAACCCAGUAGAAACCUCUAGAAGGUGAUGUUGCUGAGCUCUAUGUUUGUGAACCUUUGCCUUUAUUCAAACUGAAACCUGAAAUGGUGACUACUUCCAAAGGUGAAAAAGUGUUUCAGACAUUCCAGAUGAAAUUUUGCAAUGUUUCGUAACUUUUUAUUGUAAAAUUGCUUCAGAAUAUGAGGCUAUUUGAAACAAUACUAAACUACCUUGAAAUUGAUUUUAAAAAGGAAGAAACAAAACUACGUAUAAACAAGACUCAUUUUCACAAUCAAAAAAGCUUUAAAAUAUGGUUGGAUUUGAUAAACAAUGGGGGAUGGUUUUGUUUAAGGGCAAAAUCAUUUUUUCCAUUUAUUUUCUUAAGAGAAGUGAAGGGAAUUGUAGUUUGUUUUCCUGACAGCAAAAGAUCAAUGUGACAAAAUGAAGUUGUUGUAAUGAAAUGAUGCAACUUGUUAAAUAUUUAAUAAAGAAUUAUGGAAGCUGGAACAUUUUAUACUUCAAAUACAUGGUUUGUCUAAUUGAAA